AUGCAGCACCGGUGCCGAAUACGAGAAGGGCAUCGAGUUCACGGCCGCUUGCGCCAGUGUCGCAUUGCGCCGCUGAAUAAUGCAUCGACGGGCGAGGCCUCUCUCAGCGCCGUGCCACAAACGUAUCAGCGAUCCGAGCUGUUGCCGCGGUUCGUGCCCCGCGGCCGCCCUGGUGAAGGAGGACUGUGCAUGAGGCCACCAACCAGCCAGUCGAGGUUGCCCAUUGCCGCUCCUUCCCAUGCAGACACCAACCCUCGCCUGCUCCGCAGCGCUGGAUUACAAGCCACGUGCAUAGUCCCCACCGUCUCUGGCAUACCGGCUUCUGAGCUCCCCGGAACAUCGAUCAAGCGACAAACCAACCAUGGCAGCCAAAGGGGGCGAGUACGACCGGGGGCACUGUGUGUUCUGCUUGCGCAGGUGAUCAACCUGCGUGGCACCAUCAGGGAGAGCCCGAGUCUCAACGUGGAAGCCGAUGCAGAGAAACUCUACAAGGCCAUGAAGGGCUUGGGAACGGAUGAGAAGACGCUGACGGACGUGCUGACUCGUCGCAGCAACGCCCAACGGCAGCUCAUCAUGAAGGCGUACAAGACUGCGUACGGCAGAGAUCUGAUCGACGACAUCAAGUCGGAGACUUCGGGCUCGUUCGAGCGGGCGCUGGUGGCGCUGCUCCACGCUCCUGCCCAGUACGACGCCUACGAGAUGCGCAGCGCCAUCAAGGGCGCGGGGACAGAUGAAGGCUGCCUGAGCGAGAUCCUGGCUUCACGCACCAAGCAGCAGAUCAACGCCAUGAGCCACGUGUACGAGGAAGAGUAUGGAAACAAGCUGGAGGAUGACAUCGCCUCGGACACCUCGAGCUACCUGCGCCGUGUCCUGGUGGCCCUGCUGCAGGCGAACAGGGACGAAGGGAAUUUCGUGGACCAAGAGCUCGUGGAAAAAGACGCGAAGGAGCUGCUUGAGGCGGGAGAGAAGAAGUGGGGGACCGACGAGGGAGCCUUCAUCACGAUCCUGUGCGUGCGCAAUGUGCACCACCUGCGCCGCGUGUUCGACACCUACAAGACAAUGACCAACAAAGACAUCGAGGAGAGCAUCAAGAGCGAGACGGCCGGCUCGUUUGAAGAUGCCUUGCUGGCCAUAGUGAAGUGCAUCAAGAACGUGCAAGAAUUCUUCGCCUACAAACUGCACAAGUCGAUGAAGGGCCUGGGCACGGAUGAGAACACUCUGAUCCGCGUGCUGGUUUCCCGCUCCGAGGUCGACCUCCAGAACAUCAAGCAGCAUUACAAGCAGACGUACGGCGAGGAGCUACAAGCCGUCAUCGAGGUAAUCGAAUAUUCAUACUGGAGGAAUCCGAUGAUCGAUAAAGCUCUUUUUGUUUUUAAAAUGUCCGGUUGGGGCGGUGCGUCACGUGACCGCGAGCUUUCUGUCGUGAACGAAUGCGCUGUCCAACCAAGUUCCUACCUGCCACUCCAAAGGAACGUAAGCGAGCAACAGGCGGUUCCCUGUAUGAUGGAGACUUUAAGUAAAGACCCGAUGUACCACCGUCGCCAUCUGCGUUCCUAG